AUGAUGCAGUUGGGUCGUAUCACGAACUGCACGAUCAGCAAAGGAUUGACCGACAUCUUCGUCUGCAUCUUCACGGUCGUUGCCCAGCUAGGAUUCUCACGGGAAAGCUCCCAGACGUGCGCCAUGAUACGCAAGAAGAAGGGUACACUAAACGCUCCUGAAGUCAAGCCAUUACAUUGUCCAUAG